AGCUUCAUGCGGGUCUGCAGUGAGGCAUUGUGGGAAACUCCCAGGGUAUUUUCCUCCCCCUCCUUUCCCCCUGCUCUUCAUCCGUUCCUCCUCUCUGCGGAACAGCCAGCUUCCAAGGUGUGACAUCAGCAAACAGAAGCCCUAAGGUGGAAGUAAAGGAAGUGAUCUGAGGCAUCACUCUGUUGAGACCCUGAAGAAGAGCAGCUGCUUAAGAAGGCACAGGUCAGAGAGUUUUGAUGGGAGAAGAAUUAGAAUGGAUGGAGGAAAGGCUCUCUGUUUUCUGGGAGAGAUGCACACAACUUCAGAGGACAACAAUAACAAAAAACAAACAAAACCAGAAGUCAUGAGCAUAGUGGAUUGAAACUUCAGUGCCCAGAGCCCCGCAGGAGGUUCUGUAACAUGAUCCAGCGGCAUAUGGUUUGAGCAGGGCGCCCCCCGGGAACACGGAAUUAUAGCUGCACAGGCCAAGCGGUUUUGAGGCGGAUCCUUUUUUAUUGGGAUUUUGGCUCGAGGGCCAAGUGAAGGGAGCCGGGGUCCGUCCAACCUGUUUUGUGCCUCCCCACCACGCCUUUUGGUUUGGUCUGAGAGCAGGAGUGCGUGGCCUCCACUGUGCAGCUGAGCAAGAUGGAGUCCAAAGGGAGCACCCGAGGUGGAAAUAAGCCCGAUGCCAAGACCGCCAGCUCAGGGAAGCCAGAGAAGCCCAACCCUGGCCCUGCCACAGCUGCCGAUAAGAAAGAAGCCCCUUCAAAGGAGCAGCCAGCUCCUCCUGCCACCACCCCAGCAAAAAAGGCAGCAACGGCGGCAGCCAGUGAGGCAACCAUGCUGAACAACCACGGCAACAUGAAGCCUAGCUCUGCUGGGGGAGCGGCGGAGGGCGCAGAGGCCGCAGGUCAUCCCGCUGACUCUGAGCACAAAGGGAACAAUGCGGAGGAGUCUCCGGGCAGCAGCAUUUUUGAGAACAUGAAGCCUCUGAUCAUCGUCGGAGGGGCGGCGGUGGCUGCUAUUGCUCUGAUUGUGGGAGUGGCUCUCCUUGCCCGGAAAAAAUAAAUUGGCACCCAAGAAGCACAGGGGAGAGGAAUAACCCUGCGCUGAAUGUACAGUUCCUUUUGAAACAAAAUGCAUGUGGUAAACUCUAUACAUACCUAUAAAUAUGCCGUAUAUAUAGAGAAAGAGCUAAGUAGGUACAAACGGCAAUGCUGGCUGCUGCCUUGCUCCCAGCAGAUGCGCCAGCAUUGGCCUAGCGCGGGCACUUGGUGGGCUUCUGCUCUUUUGUGUAAUAUAACUCAGCUAGCAGCAAUGUGUAUAGAUGGCUUUUCUUCUCUGGUCCGUAUGAGCUCUUGCGGUGUUUUCCUUUCCUUCCCCACCUUUUGUCCCGAGGUUGGCUCCAGGGUCACUUAGAGUUCUCAGCUUGGUUACGCUGGAUUGCAGUAGAGCAGGUGGAAAGGGAGAGUUUCCCAUCGGCAAGGUCACCUGUUGCCAUCUCUGUUCCAGCACACACUGUAAAGUGGUAUGAGAAUGCUCACAAGCUAGAGCUUCUUUCCUGAUCCAAGGAAGAUAGGGUGUCCCUAGUACUCGUUUUGUCAUAGCAUUAAUGUGCUCACUCUGUCCCCCCUUACCUAAGUUUCAAAGUAGCAGCUGGAGCACGGGGGGCUUUCAAAGGUCAAGAAGCAAGCAUGGCCUGCUGAGAGCCAUAGGGUAGCCUUGCCAUCCCACCGUGCAAUAUAUGGGCAUGGUGACAUAUAGCAGCCUGGCUGCGGAUUUCAGUGGGCAUUGCAACUUAGUAGAGCAUUUUCUGUUGAACCUGGUCCUGUGCUGGUAAACUUCUUAUGCAGGACUUGAUGUCAUUGAUACUUAAACAACAUGAUUCAAAAUAUGUGGAAGUCAAGGAGGCCUUCUGUGCAUAUGGAUUUGGGAUGAAUGCUAGUGCUUCGCUGUGGAAGGUUGACCUGUCAUUGUAUGCCAUGUAUGAAAGGGGAAAGUAAGGAGCAAUUAUGGGCUGGUUGGUUGGUUUGUUAUUUCUUUUGCUUUCCUCUUUUUUUUAGCUUGUGACCAAUCAACAACUGGAUUAUGGUUUAGGAAGUAUUUAUGUAUGGAGCAUCCUGCCCAGGUGCACAGAUUUGAAAUGGAUGGAUUGUCUUUUGCUGUCUGACACUUUAUAACUCUAAUGCUGGAGGAGCCAGACAAAUGGGCUAAUCCCAUUUAUUUCACUGGACAUUUUAGUGCAGAGAAAAAAUGGCAACCGAUUCAUUGAGGCAACUGCCCCCCCCAAUAAAUUAGAACCAAUGGGCAUUUAAGAGGGGAGGAAAUUCCCUGUGUCCUGAGUUAGCCUUGCUACAUUGGUGGCCUUCCUGAAGAAUUAAAAUCAGACUUUGAGAGGAGAAAGGAUCAGUGGAAUGUAUGUUGAUGCAUCCUUGUUAAUAUAUCUACCAGAGAUAAUCCACUAACCAUAAGAACAUUGGGACAUAAAUUGUAAUGUAGGGAUGACCGUUUGAAACAAGAAGCUUACAUGUAUAUUUUUGCUUAGAUUGAAUCUGAUGCGAAAGUGGUGAUUGACAUCAGAUUAGUGUUGUUGUUUUU